AUGAAUACCUUAGAAGAAAUAGGAAACCAAAAUAACGUAAAGGUUGCUAUGGAUCCUAGAAUACACCAAAGGUACAAAGAAGUUGAACUAGUGGACGAACUAUUACGAGUAUGCGGCCAAUAUCUUACAUACAUGUAUCAUUUCACGGUAUAUCUCGGUGACCCUGGAUAUCAACAAGGUAUUGGUCCGGAACAUGGUGUUAGUCAAGCAACAGCACAGUCGAACGAAUGGAUAAAGUUUCCAACUACCAACCAUGAACUGAUGGAGGCCAAGCGGGUAUGGCAAAGCAUGUAUAAAUGUCCAACAGCAAUUGGUGUAACUGAUUGUACACAUAUAGGAAUCCUGAAAGCAAAUAGCCAUGGAGAUGAGUAUAUCCACCGAAAAGGGAAACCUACUUUAAAUGUGCAAGCUACUUGUGAUGCCAGAGAGAUGUUCACAAGUGUUGAUGUCAGUUGGCCUUUAGCAGUGCAUGAUUUCAGAAUAUGGAGAUAUUCACAGACUAGAUCACAACUAAUAAAUAAAGCAAAUGUACUACUUGGCGAUGACGGUUAUGAAGAGUUCCACCGAGAAGCAGGUCGUGAGGAACACCGGGAGCCAGUAGGAGCAUCGGCGGCGACGUAG